CAACUCAGAGUAAGAGAAUCACUUGAAUAAAGAAUCACUUGUUCAAAUUCCCGACUUCAACUUUGCCUUCUCGAGGAAAUGAAGGCAAGAAUAAGACCUAUUCUAAGUCAAGGUCAUCAAGAUGGAGGGUGUGCGCGGAGCUCGAGAAUACUCUGCACGGGAAUAUGAUUUUAUAGUGUUUGGAGCGAGCGGCUUCACGGGACAGUUUGUUGUUUCUCAACUUGCAAAGCUGAGAGAUGAAGAGCCAGCGCUGAAGUGGGCUGUAGGUGGACGUAGCAUGUCAAAACUUGUCAAUACUCUAAAGGAAGCUGGAAGCCGGGCAGGUACAUCCCUUGCUAGUAUUGACUGCCUUCUUGCUGAUUCCAAAGAUCCUGACUCUCUAAUAGAGCUGUGUGGGAAAGGCAGAGUAGUACUCAGUUGUGUAGGACCUUAUCGUUUCUGUGGAGAGCCAGUUGUGAAAGCUUGCGUUGAAGCUGGUACAAAUUAUGUUGAUAUAUGUGGAGAGCCACAGUUUUUGGAAGAGAUGCAGUUAAGGUAUGAUGCCCAGGCAAAAGAGAAAGGCAUAUACAUAGUUGGGAGUUGUGGAUUUGAUAGUAUUCCUGCAGAAAUGGGAUUGCUUUUCACCAAGAACAAAUUUGAAGGGGAUCUGAAUUCUGUUGAAAGCUUCAUCCAGAUUAAGUUUGCAGUACCAGAGGUCAAAGGAGCUAAGAUCAAUUUUGCAACUUGGCAGUCAGCUGUUCAUGGUUUUGCUCAUGAAGGGGAGCUGAAACCACUGAGAAAGUUGCUUUGUCCUGAACCCCUUCCAAAACCAAUCCACAGGGUAAAAAACAGAGGAGUUUUAUUCUACAGUAAAGAAGUGGGGUCCUGGUGCAUACCAUUCCUGGGCAGUGAUAGAUCCAUAGUGUACAGGAGCCAGGUGAUUAGCUACAGAGACAGAAAAGAAAGACCAAUUCAAUUCCUACCAUACACAAAACUGCCAUCUUUGAUGAGUGCACUGGCUGUGCUGUCUUUUGGAAUUGUCUUUGGUAUUCUGGCCAAAUUCAAAUGUGGACGUUGGCUUUUAGAAAAGUUCCCAGGAAUCUUCUCUGGUGGACUGGUAUCUAAACAGGGGCCACCUUUGGCACAGAUCCAAGGCUCUUCCUUUACAAUGACAUUCUUUGGGAAAGGCUACAGUCAGAUCCUUCCUGAUGCAGAUCAACAACACAAUGAAGCUCCAGACAAGACCAUUGUCACAAGUGUUACAGGACCAGAAGCAGGCUAUGUGACCACACCCAUAUGUAUGGUAGAUGCUGCCUUGGUGAUCCUGAGAGAGCAAAAUAUGUUGCCUGCUGGGGGUGGAGUGAUUCCUCCAGGAGCAGCUUUUGCAAAGACCAGCUUGAUUGAGAAGUUACAGAAGCAUGGCAUGAAAUUUGAAGUGCAACCAAGCACUUAAGUUUUCAAAUAUUUCCAUGACCAAAUUUAGAUAUUUAGAGGCAUGUGAUGUUUUUUUUUUUAGUAUAUUGCUACCAUGUAAUUUAUUAAUGUGCUUAACAUUCCCUCUAAGGACUUGUUUGAAGUACUCACAUAUAAAAAGUACACAAUUUGAUGUAUGGUUUACAUCAUACAAUUAGAGACUAGUGCUUAAUGGCAUAAGAUGUAGUUAGUGUGUUUCAGGGUUUUAACAUUUUAAAAUGAUCAAUAGUUUCAAGCACAUUGAUGAGCAGUGUAUAAUGACACACGGUAAUGGUCCACGUGUUCAGCUAUGUCUUGUUUAAUGACUUUUUUGUUUUGUUUUUGUUGUGUUACUGACAGUGUGCCAUAUUAUAAAGGAUACAUGUAUCAGCUUUACUGUGAGCUUGAUGCACUGAUAAAGAGACUCAAAAACUUAUGUGUUGUGACUUGAUAAAUGAGAUUAAGUCUCUUGAAUCAUACUGUGCUAUUUAUGAAUUGAAUUGGGCUAAUUGUACCAAAGAGAUAAAGGCUAUUUGCAUUGUUUGCUUCAUCCCAAAAUGAAUCUUUUUUGUACUUUAUACUGUGUAUUAAAGGUGAUGUUUGAUAAAUGAUGAUAAUAUGUAAUAGCUAUGAUGCAUUUCCAUUGAAUGAAUGAUUUUAAUAUACAUUUGCCUUGCCAAGUAAGGCGUAAUUAAAUUAUACAAAGAUGCGCCUGUAUUGUAUCUUUUAGGCAAUUAAUUUUUUGACAAGGUUUAUCCAAAGAAAAGGAGAGGUAUUGCUUCUAGCAUUAUGUGCUCUCCUUAAUGUCUCAUGUAUUAUUGAAAAG